AUGGGCAACCUUUUGUGCCUAACCGUGGUUUCAACUCGAACUACAGAAACCAUCCGAACAUGUCCUACAGGAGCACCAACGUCGAGAACCCUCAGGAUCAGGUCUAUCCGCCUCGAUCGAACCAGAACCAGCAGAGUUAUCAGAAGAGCUAUCCUAACAGCUUCCAGGAGAAGACCUUUUGCCCCAAACCAGAAUCGUUCUCAGGGAGGUAACCAACAGAAGGCGCAGUUCAGCAAUCAGCAACAACCUUCAGGUUCAUCGAACAACUCGAACGAUGAGCUUAAGGGUAUGAUGCAGCAGAUGUUGAUGAACCAGCAGAAGUCCACUGCGGAGACACACUUGAAGAUAGACACCAUGUACAACGAUCUGAAUGGGAAGAACCCUUCCUGGGAAAGGAGAAUCCCCAGGAAUGAGUAUGUUGCACAAGUUGAGCUGAGAAGUGGAAGGAAGCUACAACCUGCUGUGAUUCCUCUGAAAAGGGCAGGCAAGGAGAAAGCCGACGAGAAUCUGGAAGAAGAAGCCGAAGUCGAUCGAGCUGCAUCCAGCGGACUCGAUCGAGCUGGUGAAGACGCUUCGUCGUCUCAGGUAGCUGAUUUACCUACUCCUGCAGCUGCAGAGACUGCUCCAGCCCGAGCUUACGCACCUAAGGUGCCUUACCCUGUUCCACGGAAGAAGUCCAGAAAAGACUUGGAGGAUGCUAAGUGUAAGGAGAUGCUGAAGGACUUGACUGUGAAGCUGCCUCUGUCUGAUGCUGUUCAGAUGAUUCCUGCUCUGAAGAAGUACAUGAAGGAGCUGAUAUCUGGGAAGGUAGCUGAGGAUGAGAACGUCAUGCUAGUGUCGGAGGAGUGCAGCGCUGUGCUGCAGAACAAGGUGAUCAAGAAGAGGAGCGAUCCAGGAAGAUUUGUCUUGUCAGUGCAGAUAGGCCAUGACCUUCGCAUGCUCUCUUUGCGAUCUUGGCUCGAGCGUGAACCUGAUGCCGUAUUCUGUGGCCAAGCGAUUGGGAUACACAAGUUCAAACCCACGAAAAUAGGGAACACACUCAUUCCAGCAGACUUUGUAGUCCUCGAGCUCGACGAAGAGCCUAAGGAUCCGCUCAUACUAGGGCGAAACUUCCUAUGCACAGCUGGUGCAAUCAUUGACGUGAAGGGAGGAAUCAUUGAUCUCCAUCUGGGAGAUAUCGUCAUGAGGUUCGAGAUGAACAAACUCCUCAAGAAGCCAAUGUUAGAUGGGCAAACUUAUGUGAUUGAAGAUGGCUCAAACUUGGUGGACGAAGUGAGUGAGGAGAUGCUUCUUGACGACCCUCUGGAGGUAGCUUUGACUAAAGCUGAAGGCGAGAAGAUCGAUCGAAGCCGUGCCAGAUCGAUCGAAUGCACCUCAGGAGAGUCCGUCAACAGCCCUUGGAGCGAGUCGAGUGCACCUAAGCUCGAGCUGAAAACACUCCCUGCGGGGCUCAGGUAUGCAUUUCUGGGACCUAACUCUACAUACCCUGUGAUAGUGAAUGCUGAGCUGAACAAUGUUGAACUUGCUUUGCUUCUCUGUGAGCUUAGGAAGUAUAGAAAAGCUAUAGGGUAUUCGCUAGAUGACAUCCCUGGAAUUUCUCCUGAUCUUUGCAUGCAUAGAAUACAUCUAGAAGAUGAAUCGAUGACUUCUGUAGAACAUCAGAGGAGGUUAAACCCGAAUCUAAAAGAUGUUGUCAAGAAAGAGAUAAUGAAACUUCUAGAUGCUGGUGUAAUUUAUGCUAUAUCUGAUAGUAAGUGGGUCAGUCCUGUGCAUGUAGUUCCUAAGAAAGGUGGUAUAACUGUUGUUAAGAAUGAUAGGAACGAGCUGAUACCCACUAGAACUGUCACUGGUCAUCGCAUGUGCAUUGAUUACCGCAAACUGAAUGCUGCAACUCGCAAAGAUCAUUUUCCUCUCCCAUUUAUUGAUCAAAUGCUUGAGAGAUUGGCUAACCAUCCAUACUACUGCUUUUUAGAUGGUUACUCAGGUUUCUUUCAGAUCCCCAUCCACCCAGACGACCAGGAGAAGACGACAUUCACAUGUCCAUAUGGCACUUAUGCAUAUCGCAGAAUGCCGUUUGGACUGUGCAAUGCACCGGCGACGUUCCAGCGCUGCAUGAUGUCUAUUUUCACUGACCUUAUUGAGGACAUAAUGGAAGUUUUCAUGGACGACUUUUCCGUCUAUGGAAGCUCCUUUGCUGUGUGUUUGUCUAAUCUGUGCAGGGUAUUGCAGCGGUGUGAGGAGAGACAUCUUGUGCUGAACUGGGAGAAAUGCCACUUCAUGGUGAGAGAUGGGAUCGUGCUGGGACAUAGGAUUUCAGAGAAGGGAAUCGAGGUCGACCGAGCGAAGAUCGAGGUGAUGAUGAGUCUACAGCCGCCUAAUUCUGUCAAGGGAAUCCGCAGCUUUCUGGGGCAUGCAGGGUUCUACAGGCGAUUCAUCAAGGACUUCUCCAAGAUCACCAGACCUUUGACGAUGCUGUUGUGUAAGGAGGUCAAGUUCGACUUUGACAGUACAUGUUGGAGGCCUUUCACACGAUCAAGGGAGCUCUGGUGA